GCAGUGAGCGUAAAACCACAGCCCGGGCAGCAGCAGACGAGCCGAGGAGCGGCGGGGUGACACAGUGUGGCUUGAGAGAGUGCUAGGGGGAGUAAUGAACUUCAACGAGCCACUCAAACACCGGCCCAAGUCAAGGGUGGAGCUCCAUGUUCACCUUGACGGGGCUAUCCGCCAUGAGACCAUCUGGGAGGUGAUGAGGCAGAAGGGCCUCUCGCUGCCCGGGAAUGGCUCGCUGACAGACCUGAAGGAGGCCCUACAGGUGCAUGAACCCAAGGAUCUGGCACACUUCCUCCAUGCCUUCAGUAUAUUCAUGCCGGCCAUGAUAGGAGACUUGGAAGUGCUGGAGAGGAUAUCCUACGAGUUUGUGGAGGAUCAAGCGAGAGAGAGUGUGGCGUACUGCGAGGCAAGGUUCUCACCCCACCUCCUGCUGCCCAGCCACCAGCCCGCAGCGUCGCACCCCAACAGUUCCAUCAAUGGCCAGAAAGAUGUUCAACUAGAGGACAUCCUUGAGGCAGUGUUGAGGGGACUGACCCGUGGCGAGCAGCAGUUUGGCACCAAAGUGAGAGUGAUUCUUUGCUGCAUCCGAGGUCACACAGACUGGUCGUGGGAGGUGCUGCGGCUGUGUGAGGAGUACAGGGACCGAGGCGUUGUGGGCAUUGACAUGGCCGGGGACGAGGGUUCAAAUAACGAAGAGAAGGUAUUAGAAAAGGACAGCGAGGACGUGGCUGUUUUUGAGGCGGCCAAGGAGAAGGGAAUCCACCGAACCAUCCACUCGGGGGAGGCGGGGCCGGCAAAGUGUGUCAAGAUGGCAGUGGAGCUGUUUGGAGCAGAGAGGGUAGGACACGGGUAUCAUGUGCUGGAGGACGAGGAAGUGUACAAGAUGUGUCUCCAGGAAAACAUUCACUUUGAGGUGUGCCCACACUCCUCCUACCUCACAGGGGCCAUCCAGUCCCUCAGUUGUUCUUCCAAGAGGCACCCUGUACUAAGAUUUGCUGAGGAUGAGGCAAGCUUCAGCAUCAGCUCAGAUGACCCAACGGUGACGGGCACACGACUCAGCGAUGAAUACAAGUUACUCGUCAGCUGGGGACUCACGGAGGCUCAUCUGACACGUGCUAACUUCCAGGCUGCCCUCCACUCCUUCUUACCACCUGCUGAGAAAAAACAGCUCAUAGACCAACUGCAAGAGGCUUAUGGAUUCAUACACUACUCUCCCCCUGCCACCUCCUCCUCCUCAACCUCUCCCUCAGGCACCCGCACCUCCACCCCUCCACCCAAACCUAGUGUCACCUUUGGCACUUGGGCUGAGAGGUCAUAAUCUGUAUGAAGGGGUUUGUGUGUGCGUGCUUGUGUGCGUGUGUAUGCAUGGGUGUGAAUGUGGGUGUGGGUGUGGGUGUGGAUGUGAACAUAUGCAUGGGUGAGUGUGGGUGUGCGCUUGUUUGAGGUUAAGGGCAGGACCAGAAUAAAGAGUGAUGUCAAAAAUUCAGGUGACCAACCCUCAGUAAGAUCAUAAUCACUCUUAAUGUUACACACUCAAGUUUGGAAACACAGUAAAGUCACCCAAAUGUAAAAGGUGGCCUAAUGUUAAGGGCAAAGAUGGGAUACUUAUCAUACCCCACACUGCUUCUUUUUCCAAUCACAUGACUGAACCGCUGAGGCUUUGGACAAUUAGGUCUGGGGAUCAACAUGACCCCACCAAAUUGUAAACUAUGAUUGGCACAUGUCUGUAUUCUAACUUGAUGGUAAAUGUACAAUCAGUAAAAAAGUAUCGAAUACCCAUGGGUUGAUUGAAUAGAAUUUGAGCAAAAUGUUGGUUAGGUGGGUACCAGUGGGUGGAGUCUAUUUACUGGUGCUCACCUAACCAACACAACAACAUGUCUAUAGCUUUCACGCAAAUUCUACUCAGUUGACGCAUGGGUGUUCGAUACUUACUUACUGAUUCUACUCUUGUGUGACUGUUGUCCUGGAACUAUAAAAAAUUCAAGUUAAUCUAUCAUAACAAUUAUAAUAAUAAUAUAAUUAAUAUUAUAAAUAAUAGUAAUAAUAAUAAUAAUAAUAAUAAUAAUAAUAAUAAUAAUAAUAAUAAUAAUAAUAAUAAUGUGUGUGUAUCUAAACAAAUUUGCCUCACUCUUAAUGCUACAAGCAGUAUGAAUUAAUCAAGUAUAACAUCUACAUACCAUUCAUCAUAGCAUUCAUGAUACCGAGGCUUAUAAUAAAAAAAUAAAAAACGAUCAGUCUUGCAAAAAAAACUACUCUGAAGCAUAAUACUGAACCAGCAGAGCCUUCAGUACCUUUUAUUUAGCUAAUGAUAAUAGGAGUUAGAAAUGCAAUACAAUAUAGAGAUAUCAAAGGUAUUUGUAAAAAAAUUAGUCUAUGUAGUUUGCAUCAGUGCUACAUUCUUCAUAGUUAGAGUUUCCAUCAUUGUUAAGUCUAUAUUAUCCUUAGUAAGGCCAUGUGUACUGGGCUCAAUUUUGAGGAAGUGACAUUUAUUUUGAGAAGAAACAAGUGAAACAAGUUGUACUCUUAGGCUUUUUUAUAUUUUAUCAGAUGAACCCUGAGGGUUGUGGGUUCUAAUGUGACAGGCAAAGGUAACACCAUUCUUAACUUGGUGGCUAAAUGGACUUUCACAACUAAAACAUUAAAUACAGGGUCUGAUUAUCCACAAAUUAUUACUGUUAAGUGCCAUGAUGUGUGUUGUAAGAGUGAUCCCACAUACCAUUUUUAAAGCUGUGCAAAUCUGAGCAAAUAAUACAUAUGAACAGUAACUUGCAGGUCAAAGAAUUAUCCUCUGAAAUUAUUUCUGACAGUAGUGGUGAGGGGGCUUAGAGUUAAGAAAGUCUCCCACUGGAGGACAUUCUAAGCCAAGUUUUGGUGACAAUGUAUCCAGUCCUUUGACAUGGAGGAGUCGGAAAAGCAGUACUGCUCAUUUACCUCUCUAAAAGGGCUGUUCUAAUGAUAUAUUGCAAUAUUUUGCCUCACAGCUCUCUAAGAGAAACAAAUGAGGUAUUGUAUAAACUGCAUCCCUCUACUUAUCUGCAUUUAGGAGGAAUAAAAAAAUAGUGGGAAAGAUUUCGCCCACUAAGCUGGGCAUCACUUCCUCCUCUGACUCAAAAAUGUUUUCCUGCAUGCUGUCUAUGUGGGAAACAUGUUUAUUAUUAUGGUUAUGAUAAUGUGUAAGCAUGGACGAAUUUUAAGCAGAUUUUAGGAAUGAUCAUACUGAAGAACUGUGUUGUGAUAGUAAUCUACAGCAUAUAGCUCGAAACUAUUACAUUUACUAUGUUCUCCACUUACACAAUUUUCUCAAGUUGUUAUUCAUUGUUAAUUCUCAUGUGUAUAAUAGAUUUGUUGAUCCUAUAUCCUGUAGAAGUUUACCUAGAACAAAUGUUGUAGUAAUGUUUUUCAAUGAUAAUGAAGUACUGUAAUAAAGGUGCUGUUUUGUAA